AUGUCGACACGUCGGAAGUCCGGAGGUCGGCCGGCCAAUACUCGUCAGCCAGUCGUGACUCAGAAGCUCGGAGCAUUGCACUACAGCAACGAGAUUCGGAACCUCGCUGGCCUUCUCAAGGACCUUCCCCAAUCCAUCCCCCUCGGUAACACACACGACUUUUCAUCACAUACCCUUCGUCAAGCCGCGGUCCUUGAAACUGGAUGCGAGAAGAGUGUUGUUCAUCAAGACCUGGAGAGGUCGUUUGGGACUCGCGCAGGAGGCAAGCUCAUCGAAUUCAAGUCGCGCGGCCCUGGGCUUGAAGCCGUCACCGUCGUAUUGCGCCAGUACAUCACCGGGUCAGCGGGACAAAAUGAGCUCCUUACCAAAUGGGUGGACGACCUCACGGCGGCGGCAGAGCAUGCAAUCGAGAGUGCAGGGGAGCAGAAACGAAAGCGGAAGAGUACAGCAGCAAGACGGCUUAUGGAGGAGGAUGAAGAUGAGCAACAGGUCGAGAAACGACAGCGUAUUGACGACGAGAGGGAUAAGCAGCAGAAAGAAGCAAUUGCAGAUGUAGCGGCAGCACUCACACGUCAAGGAGCAGUUAAUCAUCCCUUUGAAGACCUGAUCGACGUUGUUCCAGCAGCUCGCAACAAUCGUGGACGUGCUGCGGACCCAUUGCUCGAACAGUUGACGAUCUACUGCGAAACCAUCAAGGCAAUAAACCCAAAGACCAACAAGCCCUUUCAACGCCAUCGUUGCGCUGGCCCGGGCUGUCAGGAAAGCUGGGCAAAUCCCCGACAAGGCUCUCGCAUCCUGCCACAUGCGUCAAACUGCCCAUACUUGACACCUGCCGAGCGACGUGCUGCCCUUGUUGCCAAUAGCAAGAAGGCGUUGUCCAACGAAAUAUCGAGCAGCGAGGACGAAGGGGAUAACGAAAAUGCAGGGACUCAUGAUCAGGGUGAUGCGACAAAGACGAAGAAUCCAUACUUUGAUCCCUUUCGUGGCCUGGGGGAGGAGGAGCGCAAAGGAGCAAUUGUCAAGUUUCAAAACAAGGCGAACCUUUACCUGCUUGAGUUUAUGGCCGUUACCGGACAAGCCAUCCGCCAUGUCGACGAGCAAACCUUCAAGAAGUUCGCGAAACAUCUCAACCCAUAUGCCGGUAUUUACUCGUCGACCACUAUGACCGACUACAUUCAUCGCGAGGCCGCCACGAUCACCACCAAAAAUACAAAACGUCUUCGCACAAUCAGCAACCUGACACUGUCUUACGAUGGAAGCACUGUCUUUGGGCAGUCAAUUUACACUGGGCAUAUUACGACGCCGAAGCUGCGUGAGCCAUUUCUUAUGCUGGCCGACGAGUCUUCUGGAGAUUCACACACGGAUGCGCCACACCAUCUUUCAAACCUCAUUAAGGAUAUAUGCAAGCUCACGCAUUUCGAAACGGGUAUCGAGUCGAUGAGAACAGUCAUCGGCUUCUUCUCAAGCUCUACCUAUGCUGGUACCCACCUCAAGGCGCUGCGUGUCAUCAUGGACAUCACGAAAGGACUCGAAACCGUCGGAAAAACACGGUUUGGGACCAUGUACUGGUCGGGCUAUGCACUUCUACGAAAUUUACCAGCAAUCCAUGAGCUAGUUCGGCUUGGUAUUGUACGCGCCGAAGGCUCUGAGGAGCAGUCAAAGCUUGCAUUCUUCAAAAAGGUCCCUCUCUAUAAUAGCUUCAAACUCAAUCUAGAGCAGCUUGUCACUGUUCUCGAGCCUAUCGCUCGCGCCAUCAAGUGUCUCGAAGGCUUGACAACAACUCUCGGUGAUGUCUGGAAGUUCUACGUGGCUAUUACUCCCGUGCUUCGUGACACGUUUGCGGAAAACGCUCUAGGAAUCCCUGAUGAUGUGAUCGCGGAGAUUCGUCGUCUUGUUAAUACUCGUUUCCAGCAGCUGAUUGGUGGUACUGACGCUUACUUGACGGGAUUCUUUCUUGAUCCGGAAUACAUUGCAAGCAAUAUCCUCCGCCGCUCAUCAGGCAAUCUUCUCGUUGCUGCAGAAUCAGCCGAGGGUGGCUCCGAUGCACAGCCAGCGGAAACUGGUGAUGCGGAUCUGAGACGGAAGAUGCCUGCCUACGAGGUUGUGGGGCGUUUCCUGGUGGAACGACUGAAGGCAGAGCUCAAUGCCCGGCCAAAUCUAAAAGGCUCAAAAGGGUUUUCCCACUAUUCUGACCGUAAGGCAGUUAUUGCGGCACUUCGGUCGCAACUCGAGGGGUUUACGCGUCAGCAAGCUCCCUUCAAUCGGCCUAAUCCUGCCUGGACACGUGCCUACCUUUAUUGGCAGGCACUCCUCGAUGAACCUGCCGCAUUUGUGCUCGCCCAUAUGGCACUCAAAAUGUUCGCUAUCAUGCCUACCUCAAUGCCCGAGGAACGAACGGUAUCCGUCUUCACGAAGCUGUCGACUAAAGACCGAAAUCGGCAAGAUGCGGCCACGACUGUUGCCAUUACCCAAGUGCGGCAACAUGUUCGUCGACGGGAUAGCGAGCGCAAGGCACCAGUUCAGCCUCGCCUCAAUUGGCGGUCGAUCAAAAGCGAGUUCUUCUCGAGAGAGCAGUCGCCCUCCCCAUUGGCACCUUCGUCUGCUCCUUCAGAAGGAUCGACAUCAACGGAGCCAACUACAGCAAUCAACCUCACUCUUGACUCUAAUCUUACGCCUGGCACUGGUAGUGAGCCCGGAAACGAUGCUGCUGCGGCUGGCCUUAAUGCACUCAAUGCGCGUACCCUGGCCACCGAUCUUCUCGCUGACAUAAUUCCAAGUCUCGAGUCGACACGAUUUGAGUCAGAGGACAUCGCUGACCUCGGGGAUGCACUGUUUCGUGACCUUUUGAGCGAUGCUCCGCUUCUCAGUGCUGAGACGGUCACCAAUCCGGGUGUGGUCGGCACUAUGAAAGGCAAGGAGAAAGCUGUAGAUGCAGUAUUUGACGACGAUAUCAAUGACGAGGUCUUUUAG